AGCGACGUGCUCGCUCUGGUCCACUCCUGCCAGUCAUUCAAUACCAUCUCGAGCCAGCUGCUCCAGACUCUGCGUAUGCUCGUCAAGCACCAGGGAGCGCUGGCGGAGUCCUUGCUCGGAGGACUGGCUAAUGGGCAGGACCCGCUUGUGAAUGUGGGCUUCGGAGUGGGAGGGGGGAAGACUGCGGCUGCUUUUUCUCUCGGAACGCUGUUCAUCUUGUCUGCAAGACUCAGCAUACAGAACCCUCCCCCUACAUCCUUUCAGACGAUCGUAGAGUGGUGCGGGACGUUCGAGCCUCAUCAGGCGCGUCUAGCACCAGAAAGGAUGACCAAGCUCGUGAAGGGUAUCGUGCGCUGGGCGGAGCAACAGGGUCAGCCGGAAGAUGCUCUAGAGCCGCUGAGACUGCUCGUUACGCGCUACCCACCCUCUCCAGCUUAUCUCACUAACAUCCAUCCUGUCUUUGUUCAAUUAUGCUGCACAACCCGGCACUUCUCACUCGCCCUUCCCAUUCUCUCCAAUCCCAUCACCGAGAUAGACGCCUCUAUAUCCGACUUGCAUUAUACCGACAACCUCAUAUAUCACUACUGCGGCGGAGUUGCAUACGGCGCGCUGAAGCGGUGGAAGGAGGCCGCGGACUUUUUCGAAAUUGCCGUGUCCAGCCCCGCGACGGUGGCGAGUGCGAUUCAGAUAGAAGCGUACAAGAAGUAUUCACUCAUCCAGUUGAUCCUGUAUGGCAAGACUUCCCCACCACCAAAAUACACCUCUCCCCCCGUCUCCCGCGCCUACCGCAACUCCUCCACCACCCAGCCCUAUCUCAAGUUCAUCAACGCUGUCGAGAUCUCCGACCCGACCGUCGCGCACAGUCUGGCAAAAGAGACCGACGCCUUCGUGCAGGACAACAACCUGGGCCUAGUGAACCAAGUACUUGCUCGUCUCCCCUGGCUCGCAGUCAAGAAGCUCAAAGAGACAUACAUGAAGCUUUCGCUGGAGGAGAUCGGGCGCUCCAUAGCAAGUACGAUCUCGGAGGACGGCUCCAGCGCACGCGCGCUCAUCGUAGAGAUGGUCGCUGCGGGCGAGCUGAGCGCUAUCAUCCACCCCGAGGACGAGACCGUAAGCUUUGAAGAGGAGAGCGCGCUCCUCCCUCAGCCUGGGAAGCAGCAGGUUGAGCGCGCGCUAGAGAGUGCGAGGGAGGCGGUGGAGAGACUUGCUGAGCUGGAUAGGACGAUCGGGAGGAGCAGGGAUUAUAUCCAGAAGGCACUCCACCAGAGGGAUUCUGGAGGCAUGGGAUGGCAGGACGAGGAGGCCAUGAUGCCCCAGAUGAGGGAGAGCUGGGAGAAUAACUUGUAGUGGCAUCUGUUUUCUCUCCUGUCAUCAUAUCGUUUACUGCACGCAAUGUCAUAUAUUCAUCGC